UCUAGCACUUGUCUGUGACAUCCAGGUGGGUGGAUUGAUGAAGCAGUUGGAACUCUGUCCAUAGCUUGGGAAGUCAGGGUACCACUAAGGGAUUUGAAGUCAUCACCGUGUAAGUAUCCAUCUGUUUUCUUUUGUACCUUCCAUAAAAUAAUCGUGCAGAGUAAGAACCUAAUAUAUGCCUAUUGAAUGUUAGAUUCUCUCUAGUCAGGCCUAUAGGUCUUACGGAGAGAGGGAUUACACUUGCAUCGUUUCAAUUUGGCAUUUACUGAAUACUUUACAAAAAUCAAUUCUUACAGCUUUGAGAGUAAUCGGAGCAAACUCGAGGUUCACCAAGAUUUGGACGUCUGGAAUAUAAUCACAAAUCUUAUCCCAAAAUAUACUUUUUCCAGUUCAUAAGAUGCAAUAUUUUUAGCCUGGCGUUCCUUAUUCACUGAACAUUUCUUCUGCUUUUAAACAUUGUUUUCUUUCUUUUAAAAUUUGCUUCUAGAGAUACCCUCAUUCUCCACUUGACAAGGUCAUGGAAGAUCUAGACGAAACAUUAUUUGAAGAAUUUGAGAACUACUCCUAUACCCUGGAAUAUUACUCCUCAGAGUCUGAUUUGGAGGAGAAAGCCCACCUGGGCGUUGUUCACUGGAUCUCCCUGGUGUUAUACUGUGUCGCAUUCAUUUUGGGUAUUCCAGGAAAUGCCACUGUUAUUUGGUUCACGGGGUUCAAGUGGAAGAAGACAGUCACCGCUCUCUGGUUCCUCAAUCUGGCUAUUGCGGAUUUCAUUUUUCUUCUCUUCCUACCUCUGUACAUCUCCUACGUGGCCAUGAAUUUCCACUGGCCCUUUGGCAUCUUGUUGUGCAAGGCCAAUUCCUUCAUUGCCCAGCUGAACAUGUUUGCUAGUGUUUUUUUCCUGACGGUGAUUAGUCUGGACCGCUAUAUCCACUUGAUCCAUCCUGUCGUAUCUCAUCGGCACCGAACCCUAAAGAACUCCCUGAUAGUUAUUACAUUCGUUUGGUUUUUGGCUUCUCUAAUGGGUGGUCCUGCCCUAUACUUCCGGGACACUCUGGAGUUCAAUAACCACACUCUCUGCUAUAACAAUUUCCACGAGUAUGAUCCUGACCUUACUUUCGUGAGGCACCAUGUUCUGACCUGGGUGAAAUUUAUUGUUGGGUACCUCUUCCCCUUGCUAGCAAUGAGCAUUUGCUACUUGUGUCUCAUAUUCAAGGUGAAGAAGCGAAGCAUCCUGGUCUCCAGUAAGCAUUUCUGGACCAUCCUCGCUGUGGUCAUGGCCUUUUUGAUUUGUUGGACUCCUUAUCACCUGUUUAGCAUUUGGGAGCUUACAAUCCACCACAGUAGCUAUUUCCACCAUGUGCUUCAGGCCGGCAUCCCCCUCUCCACCGGCUUGGCAUUCCUCAAUAGUUGUUUGAACCCCAUCCUCUACGUCCUAAUUAGUAAGAAGUUCCAAACUCGCUUUCGGGCCUCGGUUGCUGAGAUACUAAAGCACACGCUGUGGGAAGUCAGCUGUUCUGGCACGGUGAGCGAACAGCUCAGGAACUCUGAGACCAAGAACCUGUGUCUCCUGGAAACAGCUCAGUGAGUUAUCACUCUUCCACAAAUCAGUGCAAAGCUUUUAUGUGGGUCCCCUGACAAAUGCUUUCAGGUUAUUUGGUUCCAAGGUACAGAACUAACCUUAUCUUUUUGUUGUUAUUUUUAGUCAAUUUAUUGGCAUUACAUUUUUGUGUGGGUAUAAACCUUAGGAAAGAUCUUCAUUUUCUUUCCCCCCUGCAACUUAAAUUAUCUGUCAUUUUUGCUAAUUAUACCAUAUUGGAUUAGUCACCACUGGUGACACAGUAUCAGCUAUUUUUUUAAAUCUUAGUAAUUUGGAAGUCCUAAAUCUUAAUAUUAAAUAUAUGAUUAACUCAUUUCAAAAGUGUUAAAAUAUGUGCUUAAGCUCACUUCAGUUUUGCACAAGGAACCUAUUAGACGUGUCUUAAAAAUGCAGCAUGUACUUAAUUUCUUUAUUUCAUGAAAUCUAUGUAUAUACAUUUAUAAAUUAAAGUAAUGGUUAUAGUAGCUUAACACAUUGUGAACUAUUAAUGCCUAGUGAAGUGUCCCAAAAGCUAGUUGCUUAAAAUUACAAUUUAUUACUAUUAUAUCUCAUAAAUCUGAGUCCGAAAUUCAAAUAAGGCACGGAGAGAUGGUUCAUCUCUCCACUUCACAAGGUCUGGAGCUUUAGCUGGACCGGGAUGACCCCAGUGGCUGAGGUUGGGAACAGCUUGUCUUCUCUGCCCUACUGUCUGUUCUUCCCUUCUUCUCUUCUCUUUUUUCUUCACAGCUUUUCCAGCAUGGUACCUUGGGGUAGUCAGACUUCUUAUAUGGCACAGUUUAGGGCCCUAAGAAGCCAAGGUGGACAUCUCUAGGCCUCUUAAAGUCUAUGUCCGACCCCUGAUGCAGUACCACGUCCACUGUACUCUCUCGGUCCAAGUAGCCACUAGGUCAGUUCAGGUUCAAGGGGAGGUGACCCCACCUGUCAAUGGGGAUAUGCUCCUAUCCUUAAUCCCUCGUGGUAUCAGUAUACUUAACAUUUUUGGAAAACUCUGGGUAUGUGCAAGUAUGCAUGACAUUGCUGUAAACGUAAAACCCUGACAUCUAGAUAGUAGGUAGGCCAGCCCAAUCUCAGAAAGAUUUCAGAAAAAGAAAGCAUGUGUGACGACAUAGUGAUAUAUUUCUACCUUCUAUUCCUAUAACUGUAUUGAUGUAGGCACCAGUACAAGACCAAUGAAGUAUACCUUUACGUCAGUGAGUGACCUCUUCAUGGUGCAAAUCUGUUGCAUUUUAGACGGUAAUGGUAUUUUGCCUUCUAUCCAUUUAUUCCUUUAGCAAACAGGUGAAUGUCUAAGGGGUAUACAGAGGCAUGUGGCACUUAACAGUUUAGAAAGUCUAGAGAUCAAACCUGCAUGAAAACAAUGCCAGAACAAGGUAGACAGUAAUAAGUGCCAGAAGAAAGCCAAGAAAAGUGUAGAUUGUUCAGAGAGGAAAGAGCACCCAGUAUAGAAGUGAACAAACAUUGGGGUUGCUUGAUUUUGGGGUUUCCUGAGGAUCCUGUUCCUGUCCCUUGUCUCUGCUGGUAUCCUUGUCUUUUAUGAAUACAAACUCUGUUACUCACUGCAAUUUUUAAAAGCAUUUAACUUUCCAUAUUUUCCGGAUUUUAUUUUGAAAAUUGGGAGGAGGAGAUGUAUUAUUUCUUGAGUCAGUAUCCUUUUUUAUUUCAUCUCUCAGCUUUUGGAAAUGCUAGUCUCAGAUCUUCAUUGGCUCUGUCCUUUACUGUUGGCCCAUACAACAAUCAGAUCUGGAUUUGGAAAUUAUUCCCCCAAAAUGUGUGGCAUAGCUCAGCAUAUCCCAACCUGUCACUCCCAAAUUUCAUGGUUUCUGCCCUACCCAGUAUGGAGGGAGGGUAGGAAGAAAGGUACUCAUUGUCAGUGUCUGCCCCCUGUACCACGAGGGGUUAAGAGAUUCCACUUGCCUUCAAGGGAUAGGCCUUGAUUUCCGGAUCAGGAGAAAAGCUGGAGGAUCCAAGACAAAGAGAACUCUAUAGGCUCAUCCUUAGCUCGAGCAAAUGGAGAGAUUCUCAAGGCUGUUGGAGAAAGGAAGGGUGAGAACGCGGGAGAGGAUUAGGCAACCAAGGGCAGAAGGAAAUUAUGGAGCAGGAGAUGUUACUACCUGGUAAGCAGGAGCUUACCAAGGGCCUAUAAAAAUAUUUGAGAUCUUUGGGUGCCUGGGUGGCUCAGCUGGUUAAGCAUCCAAGUCUUGGUUUAGGCUCAGGUCAAGAUCUCCCAGUUUGUGGGUUUGAGCCCUGCAUCAGGACAGCUCAAGGCCUGCUUGGGAUUUCUCUCUCUCUCUCUCUCUCUCAAUAAAUAAACUUCAAAAAAAUCUGAGAUCUUAAAAAAUAGUAUUGGUUCUAGAAUACAAAAAGAGAAACUUGAAAAGUCAAAAUUAAUAAAUAAUUAUACGUCUAUAAAAUACACCUUUAUGUCGGCCAAAUGAAAUAUUUUGUAAUUAUAUAAAAACUUACAUUUAAUAUGGGAUUUCAAUAUGUUUCAGUGUUUGAUAUGAAAGGUAGGGCUUCCAAAAAAGAAAAAUGCUUUAAAGAAGGUCUACAAAGGUCUUAGAGGGAUGCUGAAUUCAUUUUUAGAAUCUAAUGAAAGUUUCAGGUCCUUUCCCUAGAAACAUGCUUUUUUUAAAAAAGGUAAUCUGGGACACCUGGGUGGCUCAGUCGGUUAAGUGUCUGACUUUGGCUCAGGUCACGAUCUCACAAUUUGUGGGUUCAAGCCCCAUGGGGGGGGCUCUGUGCUGACAGCUCAAAGCCUGGAGCCUGCUUCGGAUUCUGUGUUGCCCUCUCUCUCUGCCCCUCCCCUGCUCACUCGUGCUCUCUUGUGCACUCUCUCUCAAAAUAAAUAAACAUUAAGAAAAUUUAAAAAAACAAAAAUUCUCUACACCUAACAUGGGGCUCGAACUCACAACCCUACAGUCAAGAGUCAAGUCGCAUGUGAGACUGAGCUAGCCAGGAGCCCUUCCCUAGAAACAGGCUUUUAAAAUAGCAUUCUUAGGGGCACCUGGGUGGCUCAGUCGGUUGAGCGUCCGACUUCAGCUCAGGUCACGAUCUUGCGGUCCGUGAGUUCGAGCCCCGCCUGGGCCAUCA